CACACACGUGUGGACGCUCAGCAGCACUCACCAACAUGGCCGCCUGCAGUGUGGAGGAGCUGCUUGCCAAAGCCGAGCGAGAAGACGCAGAGAAGCUGAGGAGCAUCUCCGUCCACAAGGAGCUGGACCUGGAGUUUGACAUCGGGAACCUGUUGGCCUCCGACAAGAACCGCAUCGAGUCCCGGGACUUCAGGGAGCAGAAGAGAGAGGACUUCCUGCGGUCUCUAGCCCGAGAUAACACGCAGCUGCUCGUCAACGAGGUGUGGAAGCUGCCCACGGAGAGGGUCGAGGAGGCCAUCGUGACCAAGCUACCUGAGCAGGUGACCCCUCUGCCCCGGGAGAAGCCACCCCCGAAGCCCAGAGCCCCCACCAAAUGGGAAGAGUUCGCCAAGCUGAAGGGCAUCCAGAAGAAGAAGAAGACCAACCUGGUGUGGGAUGAAAACGCGAAGGAGUGGAGGAGACGCUGGGGCUACCAGAGGGCCAAGGAUGACACCAAAGAGUGGCUGAUCGAGGUCCCGGAGACUGCGGACCCGAAUGAGGACCAGUUCGCCAAACGCGCCGUCGCCAAGAAGGAGAGGGUGGCCAAGAACGAGUUCAACAGGCUGAAGAACAUCGCCAGGGCGCAGAAGAUCAAACUCCCAGGUGUGGGUCUGACCCCGACCCCCCAGCAGUCCAAAGAGGACCUGGUCAGAGCAGUCAGUGUGGCCAAGACCUCCACAGCAUCCGUGGGGAGGUUCCAGGACCGCCUGCCCAAAGAGAAACCCCCAAAGAACCAAGGCAAGAAGAGGAAGUUUGAGCCCCUCAUUGGCAACUUCUCCAACGAGAGGCAGAAGCAGCUGGAGCUCCUGAAGCACAUGGAUGGAAAGAAGCCCAAGUUGGACAUCGGCAGGGCCGUGGACAAGCAGAUCAGUGAGGAGAACAGGGAGGAGGCCGCAGCCAGGUUCAAGAAGGGAGCAGGGAAGAAAGGACGCAAAGGCAACAUGUCAGGAAAGGGCAAAGGAAAGGGUGGGAGACCUGGAGGAAAGGGUGGGAGACCUGGAGGCAAAGGAGGCAAAGGAGGCAAAGCUGGAGGAGGAGGGAAGAGGAAAGGCAAACCUGGGAAGCAGUGAGGACUCUGGAUGCUGCUGUGUCUUUGUGCCUUCGCAUCAGAACAUCGGACUGGACUUAAAUGAUGCAAUGUGAUAAAUGACUUUGAUUCAUCGUCUGUGGAUGAGGGCUGUGGUGUUGUGACUCUCUUUCAUCUGUAAAUAUCAGUCCCUGCAUUCAAAAGGAGGUCUUCUGAUUUAAAUAUGUGUAAUAUUCAUGGGAAAUUAAAAUCAGUAGAUUGUGUUUUUCGUCCCCGUUUUUAAUUAAAUGCAGAACUUAACAAGUCAGCUACAGCCGACAUUUUUUGACAUUUAUUUUGACUUGUGAUCACAGGAGAAGCACAUGUAUAACUAAUAGUAUUACAACAACAAACACUGAAUGUAUUCACUGAAUUACUGAAUGUUAGUAAUUGCAAACAGGAUGCAAUGGUCAUUCCUUCAACGAUUACACAGAUGGCAAUGAUAAAAAACAGUGUUGUGUAAAGUAGAUUUACUUAUUAAAAAAUGUUUCUACUCAAGACCAAAUGUGACAUUUUGAUUACUUGUUUCAUUGACUGUGACCAUUAAAAAUGCAGUAAAGUAUUAAAAAUAGAUAACUUACAUUUUGUAGUAAGUAAUCAGUGAUUACAUU